AUGCUUGCUAUCCCAACAAUUGGACUGACAGUCACCGCAUGUCUUGGUACGUUGCCAUCCACGCGAAACCUUACCAUACCAGUACUAAUGAUCACAUUAGCGACCGAACGCUACAAUUUCAAUCGACACAUCUGGGACGUCCAUCCCGACAAGUACGUCCCAGAGCGCCAAGUAACCUUCGCCCUCUACGCUUUGUAUAUUGUGGCAGGAGGGAUGAUCAAGAUAUCCAUCCUGCUCUUCUACCGCCGUCUCGACUCACGCUCCAUAACGAAGAGUUUCCGCAUCGCAACAUGGCUUAACAUCGUUGCCAUCGCCAUCUUCUCUAUCGCAUUCGUCAUCGUCCUCUUCACAGCCUGCACACCGUUUACCGCUUUCUGGUACCAAUUCGAUAUUACCAAGCAGCUCACAGGAUACGCAUACCAUUGCUGGAUCGAUGAAGCGGCAGACCUUCUAUCAGCGAGUAUAAUAAGCGCUGUACAAGACGCCAUCGCCGCUUUCCUUCCCACAAUCCUAUAUUGGAACCUACACAUCCCGCGUCGCCAAAAGAUUGCCCUGGGCGCCAUCUUCGCUCUCGGUUACCUCGUCUGCAUCGUCGCAGGCGUACGCUCCUACUUCGUGUGGCGCACCUUCAACAGCCCCCUUUACGAUUCAACCUGGGAAUCCUGGCCCGCAUGGCUACUCUGCGUGCUGGAAAUUCAACUCGGCGCCAUCUGCGCGAGUGCGCCCGCCCUCAAAGUCUUCCUGUCGCAUUACUUCAAGGUGGCAACAAGUAUGUACAGCGGAUCUAGCCAAGGCACGACGCAUGCCAGCAUUCAGAAGGGUGGUGGUGGUACCUGGUGGAAGUCGGCCAGUUCAGGGACGUCGGGGUCAAGAGGGACCAUGGCUUCGAGGGUGGAUAGGGAUGGGUAUAUUCGGGAACCGGGCAAUGCGCAUAUGGUCGAUGAAGAGGGGGGCAUUGUGCUACAAGAUACGAAGAGGUCUGAUGGACGGACGGAGAGCAUCGAGACUUUCAUCUACUUCUGA